CAUCCGCCAACCUCACUCGCCCACUCCAGCAUUUCUGACCACGAUACCCCGUCGCAGCGCGAUGCAGCACAUCCGCAGCCUGCAGUCGACGCAUCUUAUUCUGCGCUCGUCGGACCUCGACCCAGCUUCGCUUCCCGCGCUGUCGGACGACACGCGCCCCCUCGUCAUCGGUGAUGGCGACUACCGCUCCAUCGCAGCGCUCCUCCCCCUCCUCCCGUCGAGCACGCUUCUCGUCGUACCGCUCGCGCACAAAGACCCGGCUCCGCAGCACGUGCACACGCACGCACGCCGUGCCGUGUGCUCCGGUCGGCUCGCGGCGGAUGCCCGCACAGCUCUCGUUGACAACGGCAUCACAUGGCUUGGCGAGCGCGUCGCCCUCGCAGCAGAGUACAGGCUGCUGGAAGAGGGGCUGGUUGCCGUCCAAACGGCCGUGGCUGCCGAGGCGUGCGCGUACCUCCGAGCGCUCGGCGUGGACGCGCGCAUCGCAUACGACGGCAUGAAGGCCGGCCAGGGGCGUUCGUGGUCGCUCGAGAACCAGGCGCCUAGCAUGCUCGAGCUAGACGGGAGCCCACCAGGGUUAACGCUCGCGCGCGCCCGCUCUGCCCUCCUCAUAACACUCACCUUGGCCGCGACGCUCUCCCCGCCCAUCCCGACGCCGAUGCGCUGCGCCGCCUGGCAAGCCUACACGUCCACGGCGUCGUGGCACCGCGACCCAUACGCCUCGGGCACGGAUCCCAGCGCGACCGUCGUGCACUCAUACCCGUCACCUGGGCGGAUAGCGGAGCACAUGGCGGGACCGGGCCACAACGCGGACGCGCCACGACGGCUGGAGAUCGCGCGGCGGCUGCUGCGGCACGCGCAUGUCGCCGUGCUCGCCGAGACGUUCGGCCUCGCGUCCAGCCUCGGCAUGCAGGUGCGCGACGUGCUGCACUGUCUUGCUGAGGGGCCGGGCGGGAGUUGGGUGCUCGACGCUAUGGGCGAAGCCAUGCGGCGACUGCACGCCGGCGAGCGCCUGGCGGACGUCGAUGUGAGGAGCUCCGACCGCGGACUCGAGCGUGCCGUCAGCCGCACACGGCGCGAUCGGACCACGGUGGCCGCGGCUCUCGAGGAGCUGUCGAGCGUGCUCGACGUCGCGAACAGCCUGCCUUUGGCCACGCCUGUUGCCGGUGCCGCGCAGCAGGUGUUCGUUCUCGGCGCCGCGCAGGGGUUGGGCAGAGACGAUGAGGCCGCUAUCUCACGUUUGUGGGCCUAAUGGCUUGUCAAGUUGAUGCGCAAUAGGAGACAGCCGCGCCGCGAGACUACCGCAGAGGCCGGGGGCCAGGCAGACCGACAUACCCACUGAUGGAUAUCUUACGCCAGAACAUUUGUAUGUACACCACUACGUCAUGGGCGAAGCGGCUUGGGAUGUAUCAGUUGGCCGAGGGGGGUAGGAUUCUGUAGGCAGGAUGGCGGAGGAACAUCGCAGAAGCACAGCGCAGCUUGAG